GUGUAAACUGAAAUUUUGAACGGCCGCGCUAGCAGACCCGAGAAAGUCUCGCGAUUCAGUUUGUCGAUUUUUAACCGUAAUUUUGGUGAAAUCGACUCAUUUUUGCUUAUGUUUCGAAGCUAACAACAAGAUUAAACAUUUGGAUGCUUCAGAUUUUACUUUUAUUAGAGAAUUUAUCUUCCUUAAGUGCUCCAAAAAAUAGGUGCUGCAUCUCUUCUGAUAAAACUUACGUCGAAUUGAAUACGUGGGAACACAAAUCACAAAAUAAAAACAAAGAGCACGUGCUCGCCGCGUCUCAUUGACAUUGAGCCUGGACUAGAUUCGAGGUUUGUUCGACUUGGACUAACUGUUUAGAACGUCCAGACCAGACUCGCUUAAGACAAUGGGAGAAGACAAGUCUGACAAAAGUGACAGUUCUGUUGGAUCAAACAGCAUUGAGGAACCAGAGUAUGGAUGCCAACUCAAGAUUUUAAAAUUGAACAACCAAAUUCAUGAACUGCAAACACUCAUCAGAGAUAAGACAACUUCUAGAGGAGACUUUGUAUUCUAUGCAAACAGGCUGAUCCGAUUGGUCGUUGAGGAGGGCUUGAACCAGCUACCUUACAAGACAUGUGAAGUGAUCACACCGACAGAUGAACCCUUUGAUGGAGUGGAGUUUCUUCAUGGAAAUUGUGGUGUCAGCAUUAUGAGAAGUGGCGAGGCAAUGGAACACGGUCUGCGAGACUGCUGCAGGUCGAUACGAAUCGGCAAGAUUCUAAUCAAAACAAACGAAGAGACAGAUGAGGCAAAGGUGUACUAUGCCAAGUUUCCUCCCGAUAUUAGUAGACGAAGAGUGCUUCUCAUGUACCCUAUACUAAACUCAGGAAAUACUGUAAUACAAGCAGUAAGGGUCCUCCAAGAACAUGGUGUUGAUGAUAAAAACAUUCUUCUUCUCACUCUCUUCUGUACUCCACAUGGUGUGGAAACUGUGAUCAAGGAAUUUCCAAACAUCACCGUCUUGUCAUCGGAAAAGGACCCGGUUCCACCAGUCCACUUUGGACAGAAAUAUUUUGGGACAGAUUGACAAUCCACUGACCAAUAAAGAAAUAAAAGACAAUCAUUCAUUGCAAUAAUGCAAGAAUACCAUUGGAAUUCAUUGAAUUUCAUUCAAUGUAUUGUUCCUCCAUGUACAGGUAGCCUUGCAGCACUGUCUUUGCUGUCAAGUGAAACAUAACCGACGUGUGUGAUACAGUCAAGCAUUAUAGGACAAUUAUAAGAAUGGAUUAUUUCAAGCUUUAUUUUAAGAUCUGAAGCAAUAUCUUUCUUCACUCCACUAUACUCACUCAACUUCUGACGUUACUCUAUCCAUCAAUGCUCGAAGGUCCAGACCUAUUCAUAAAUGGAUUUUUUAUACGUGUUUGAGAUUGUUACACUAAAGCAUCAUUAUUUCCCCAGUUAUAGCUACCUUUUCCUAAUUCCUGAUUGGGAUUGGAUGUAUUAAUUUAGUAUUUUCUUACUACAUAAAUAACAAGGUAUUUGACGGCAACAUACAUGACAUACAUUAUUGUGUUUUUAAGGUACCUCCACCCUUCCUAUCCCAUUGAAUUUGGCUGAAGUAUAUAUUCACUGAUCAUAUUUUUUUCUAUACACUGUAUUUAAAAAAAAAUCUUAUACACAGAAGAGAAAUGCAAUUAUACAAUUAUGUAUAUUUCAUUGUCAUUUUGAUUUGAGAAUCCUAGUUUAAAUGAAUUUGCCAAAUUAUAUUGCUUUCCGCUUAUCAACAUAAUGCCAAAACAUGAUCGAUUGAUCUCCCAAACUCCAUAAUCCAUAACAGUGCUCAAAAGGAAAUUCCAAGAUCUUGUGUGGUUGUGUCUAUUUC